AUGCGUGCUUCCCGUUCCGCGGCCUCUCUGAUUCUGGGAGGCUCUCACCCCAAGUUGGUCGGAACCACUGAGUUGAAGGCAGCCUCACUCAAUGGCCUGAAGACUUUGACGCGACCAAGGUCCGCUGGUCGUCUAGUUACUCCGCGAAAAGAGCUCAGUGCCGGGCUUAAGCCCCAGACACUGCUGAAACUUGAGUUCAGAUUCGAGAAGGGAGGUCACGGCCUCCAGUGGCAGAAUCUGAUCGUAACCGGCGUCAAGGGCCAGGCCAAGGAUCUCGGGGUCCAGAUCGGCUGGCGGAUCUACAUGGUGGACGGCAUGCUUAUGAACACCGGGACCGAGGUGUGGCAAAAGCUCCAGGAUGCAAUGUGGCAAUGGAGGACGGUGACGGUCGUCUUCUUCACAGACUACAGGGCCAUCCGAAUGGAGGAGAAAAUCAAAGAGGAGGAGGAGGAGAGACGGGAGGCGGAGCGGCUUGCCAAGCUGCCGUUCACCAGCACCUCGGAUGAGAAGCACCUAGAGCAGCUCAAGCAGGAGUUCAUGUUCCAGGGCUACAUUGACCAUGCAGAGGAUCGAGCCAUCACUCUGCAGCAAUUGCAGAGAGUGGUGGAUUUCAGCAAGGAUCACUGUCAUCGCUGGCGAGACACGCAGCCAUCAUACAUGUCACGCAAUGCGGGUCGCAAGGUCCACAUCGACCACAUGAAUUGGUGUCACCUGCACGAGUGGCUCGUGCGUCCGGCAUGUGCCGAAAAGGACUGCUCCCUCGUGGAGCUUCUGACCAACCAGGAGCAGCCUCCUGCAUUCUACCUUGUGCACUACUGGGGAGAUCUUGUCCUCAACUGCCUGGAGGGCAUCAAGGUGCACAUGCAGAGCAGAAACCUGGAUCAGAGCACGCCAUACUGGCUGGCGUGUUGUGCCAACCGCCCACACUCGCUGCAGGAUGCUUUCUGCCCGGAUCUGAAGGCGACCUGCUUCUACAAGGCGAUGGGUGCGGCGAAAUUCCAGGUGGUUCUUUUGGUGGACCCGAAGACCGAUUCCAACUUGCUCGCCACGUGCUUGUCGCGACUCUGGUGUAUGUACGAGCUCUGCAUGUGCUUGGAUCAUCCCGCUGCCCAGCUGGACCUUGUCCAGACCAAGCUGGAGAUCAAGUCGCCCGUGAAAAAGGCCUCGAUGGUGACACAGUUCUUGACCCCGGAGGAGAAGGACGCAGAAUUGCGAACAACAAACUCCGGCUAUAAGGCAAAGAAUGACAGAGAGAAGCAAUUCAGCUUGCAGAUCAUGGAGAUGGCCUUAGGCGUCUCAGUGGAGCGCGCUCAGAUCACCAAUCAGCAGGACAAGCGGCAGAUUUUGAACAUCUUCGCCCACCGUGACCUGAAUGAACAGGCUGCGGAAAAGCACGAGGCAUACGGUCAAGUUUCUGCACGAUUACGGGCGCUGUUUGCCUUGGCCUUUUGGCGUCGCGUCAUGGGUGGCAACGUCAGCGACAGCGACGUUCACCGAGUUCAGGGAAAGCUGGUUGAGGCCCUGCACACCGGCCUGCGACAAAAGUCCCUGGAGCUUGACAUGGCCUUCAUGCAAGUCUGCUCGGAGAAGUUGAAGAUGCUCCGUGCGUGUUUGCCAUCCAGCCUCCAAGAGCUCAAGCUGGACCUCAGGGAGACAGAGCUCCGCAACGAAGAUGUCAUAGCCCUGGCGGCUGGACUUCCCAGAGACCUGGAGGAUCUCUCCCUGAAUUUGGCCGGCAAUGAGGACCUUAACGAUGAUGGUGUGGAGGUCGGGGUUGGCAUGGCACAUCCUGGCGUGAGAAGCUGGUUCGCAGCUUGUGAGCUUGUUAUCCGGCGAGGUAUUCAUGAGCAAGCUUCCUAG